GACAGUUCUACCUCCCGUCAUUUCCAGUGCCUCAGUUUCUCUUGCUCAUACUAUCUUCGGCACUGGGCAUCUGCAAAAUCUUCGCUUUCACUGGGUGUGUGCUCAGUGCUACGCUUGAGAAGAAGGGAGGGGUGUCAACAAAAGUUAGACGUUCGUUAUCAACCUUCGCACCAAGAAAACUCUCUGAAAGACACUUCAGUAAUGGCUGAGGCCCACCAGGCAGUGGCAUUCCAGUUUACCAUAACGCCAGAGGGGAUUGACCUGCAGCUGUCCUAUCAGGCCCUGAACCAGAUCUACCUCUCCGGAGUACGAUCCUGGAAGAAACGAGUCAGCCGCCUGAGGAACAGGGUGAUCAAGGGGGUGUACCCUGCCAGCCCUUCCUCAUGGCUCUUUGUCGUCAUAGCAAUCCUGGCCACCAUGUACAUGCACUCGGAUCCCAGCAUGGGGCUCAUCACAAAGAUACAACAGCACCUGCCACUAAGUCUUAGUGCUGAGGGGCAGACCAUGCUGUCUGUGCUGGUCUUUAGCACUCUGCUAUGGCUCUCCCUCAUCCUCGCACUCAGGUUCUGCCUCAAACUGCUUCUCUCUUACCACCAAUGGAUGUUUGAGCAGCACGGACGAGUUUCCAACACCACAAAAGUCUGGGUGACUCUGCUGAGGUUAUUAUCAAGCAGGAAGCCUCUACUGUACAGCUAUCAAACCUCUCUGCCUAUCUUACCUGUUCCUGCCAUCAAAGAAACGCUGAGCAGGUACCUGGAGUCGGUCCGCCCUCUGUUGACUGAUCCAGGGUAUAAGCGGAUGACUGAACUGGCCAAUCAGUUUGAGUCUGUCCUGGGGAACCGCCUGCAACGCUACCUGAAACUUAAAGCUCUGUGGGCCACCAACUAUGUGAGCGACUGGUGGGAGGAAUACAUCUACUUGAGGAGCCGAGGUCCCAUUAUGGUCAACAGUAACUACUAUGGCAUGGACUUUCUUUAUGUGACCCCGACAGCGUUGCAGGCAGCCAGGGCAGGGAACACCAUCACUGCAUUGCUGCUCUACCGCCGAAAGGUCAACCGUGAGGAACUCAAACCGAGUCGUGUGCCAGGCACUGUCAUCCCUCUGUGUGCGGCCCAGUGUGAGAGGAUGUUCAACACAACACGCACACCAGGAGUCGAGACUGAUGUGCUCCAGCACUGGCAGGACAGUGAGUUUGUGGCAGUGUACCACAAGGGUCGCUUUUUCCGCCUGUGGGUGUACACGGCAGGCCGGCUGCUGUCGCCCAGGGAGAUUGAGCACCAGAUCCAGAGGAUCCUGGAUGACCCUUCUCCCCCGCAACCUGGAGAGGAGAAACUGGGAGCUCUCACUGCUGGAGACAGGGUUCCUUGGUCUCAGAUGAGGAAGCAGUACUUCAGCUCCGGCAUCAAUAAGCGCUCACUGGAUUCCAUCGAGAGGGCGGCCUUCUUUGUAACCUUGGACGAUGAAGAGCAAGGCAUGAGGGGAGAGGACCCAGCAGGGAACUUGGACCGCUACGCCAAGUCCAUACUGCAUGGGAAAUGUUACGAUAGGUGGUUUGAUAAAUCUUUCUCCAUUGUGAUCUACUGUAACGGGAAAAGUGGACUAAAUGCUGAGCACUCCUGGGCUGAUGCACCGACAGUGGCUCACCUUUGGGAGUUCACCCUGGCCACCGAUGCCUUCCAGCUGGGCUACUCUGAGGACGGGCACUGCAAAGGCGAGGUGGACCGCUCACUACCCCCACCCCAGAGGCUGAUCUGGGACAUCCCCUCAGAGGUUCAGGCUCAGGUGUGCAGCUCCCUGGCUGUUGCCCAGGCGUUGGCAGAUGACGUGGACUGCCAUGUGUUUCCUUUCAGAGACUUUGGAAAAGGGCGGGUCAAGAAGCUAAAAAUCAGCCCUGACGCAUUCAUACAGAUUGGCUUACAGCUGGCAUACUACAGGGAUCGUGGGGGUUUCUGUCUGACUUACGAGGCGUCGAUGACCCGUCUGUUCAGGGAGGGCCGAACGGAGACUGUGAGAUCCUGCUCUAAUGAGAGCUGCGCCUUUGUCAAAGCUCUAGAGGAUGGAGAGGAAGCAGGGCAUUGCAGGCAUCUCUUCCGGCUGGCUUCAGAGAGGCACCAGAAUCUUUAUCGAAUGGCAAUGACUGGAGCUGGAAUUGACAGACACCUCUUCUGUCUGUACGUGGUGUCCAAGUACUUAGGGGUGGACUCCCCCUUCCUCAAAGAGGUUUUGUCAGAGCCUUGGCGUCUCUCCACCAGUCAGACCCCAGUUCAGCAGAUGGAGCUGUUCGACCUAAAGAACCACCCCGACUUUAUAUCGCUGGGCGGAGGGUUCGGACCUGUUGCUGAUGAUGGUUAUGGGGUUUCAUACAUCAUUGUGGGUGAGGAUAUGAUCAACUUCCACGUAUCAUCCAAAUACUCAUGCACUGAGACUGACUCCCACAGGUUUGGAGCUCAGAUAAGUAAAGCUUUCAGAGAUAUAAUGAGUCUCCUCUCUGCUGACACCAAAACCUCCUCGCCCUCCAAAGGCACAGCCCAGCUUCAGCCCAAGAAGGUCCUCUAAAUAUGGGGGAAAGAAGCUCACCACAUGGACUAAGAUUCCCCUCAAGCCAUCUGACCUGAGUCAUAUGGAACCUGUUAUCUUAAAAAGUCCAAUUCAUGAUGUGAAUGACCUAAAAGCAUAAAUGAAACUGACAAAAGUGAGUUAGUAAU